AUGACUUUCACGAGGCUUGCCGGGCAAACCGGUUUCAUUGCGCGUGCAGCGGGGAUAGCAAGUGACUCAUCGAGUUACGUGCUCAAGACUCGCUUGCGAGUAUCCCCGACGAGUUUCCCGGCGCCUCGCACCGUCCCCUUCUCGACCUCCACUCCCCUCCGAUGUGCCAAUCACAAAAGCAGCGGCGCAGAAACACCAAGCGCGAACACGCCCGAUGCCAAGUCUCAGACUGACGCUGGGGACCACACAGAUCGGUACGCAGCAGCGCUGCGCAACAACAAGGAGUGGGCAGCCCAGACAGCGCGCGAGCACCCGGAUCUCUUCCCAACCCUCGCGACCGGGCAAACUCCCCAGAUUUUGUGGAUCGGAUGCUCCGACUCCCGCUGCCCAGAGACAACCUUCCUGGGCCUGAAGCCCGGUGAUGUCUUCGUGCACCGCAACAUCGCCAAUGUCCUCCACCCUGGUGAUCUUAGCUCGGCCGCCGCCAUCGAGUAUGCCGUGCAGUACCUGCGCGUGAAGCACGUCAUCGUGUGUGGGCACACCGCUUGCGGUGGUGUCGCGGCUGCCAUGGGCAACAAGAACCUUGGAAUUCUGGACCCCUGGCUGUUGCCUCUGCGUCAGCUGCGCGAGCGCAAUCUCGAGUUGCUGCAGACCCUGUCUCCCGAUGAGGCAGCCAUGAAGUUGGCCGAGCUGAACGUCCGCGAGGGUCUGAACAUCGUCAAGCAGAAGGGUGUUGUUCUGAACGCCAUUCAGGAGCGUGGACUCGAGCUCCACGGACUGAUUUACGACGUCGGUUCGGGCGUUCUCAGCGAGCUGGACACCCAAGAUUCGGAGGAGGUGAUCAGGGCUCGUUUGACCGCUUUCAAGACCGAGUGA